AUGGCUUACAGCGCAGUAUCACCGACGAUCAAUAUCAGUGAUACAUGCAAUCAGCUGAAAGCUGGAUUAGCAAAUGUACUCGAUAAACAAGGUGAAACAAAACCCGUUCAAAUAGUAAUCGAUCGCCUAGUUGACAACGUAGAUCGAUUGACUAGUAUGGAUGUUGCUGCAACUAUUCUUCGUUCUAUCUUCUAUCCAUUUGGUGCACGCACGCUCAGUCAUGGAUCUCAGCUUUUAGCUAUUAAAAUGGUUAAGUUGAUGCAAUGGUGGCUAAGAGUAAAGCCAGAUGAAGCACCAGCACGUGGUUUACUUGAACUUGUUCGUGAACGGCGCAUCAUGUUCAUGCAACAAUUAGCCGAUGGUCGACAAAUUCCGAGUCGGAGAGAUGAUCCAAAUAAGACGCCUAGUCUACUUUAUCUUAUUCGGUUAUUUAAAGUGCCUCAUUGUACUGGUAAAGAAAUGAAUGCAUUGAUUGAACUGCUUACAGCAUGUCUGACUUACAACGAAAACAAUGCUGUCGACAUGCAACGUUGUUUAAUCGAACCAGAACACUUCGAAUCACUAUGGCGACUUUACUUCGAUCCCUUACUUAUCGAAAAAGUAGAUACUGAAGAUGUGCAAGCUCAUACAAAUGCUCCGGAUCAAAUAGCCUAUUUAUCAAAGCAACCAAUUACAGUUUGGUGGACAGAUGGUCGUGAAGAUGUUUGUAACAAUGGUCGAGUAAAUCCUCGCGAACGUAUAGAUAAUCUUCUUCACCGAGCAUUGAAUGCUUGCAAAGGAAAAGAAGAACUGAUGAGCUUACUAAAAAGUAUGCAGCCAAUUUUAUUCAAAGUCAUUCAUGUCUUUCCUGCUUGGCAAAACCUGUAUCGAUAUGUGAAAACAUUAUCAUAUUUUGAUAUUGAUAUUAGUGAAUAUCUUUUUGAUCGCUUGCAAGAAGUCGAUAUGACAGGUUUUGAAAAUGCAUUACAUAGGUUUAUUGUUGAUCACCUACUCGAUAUAUGGCCAUCAUUGACUAAUGAUAAUUUAUUAGAAUCUGUUCGACACCGUAUUGUUCAGCUGAUUCACAUAUUAAUUAAUCACAAAACAAAAGAUUCAAAUCUACUUAUCGAACAGUUAACAGAACGUAUCUGUGGGCAAACGCCAGCAAACAAUGUCCGUGGUCAUCUUUGUUUUUUCUUACUCCUCAAUGAUUUACUUCCGUACUAUUACAAAGCUGGAUUAACAAAUGCUAUCAAAAAAAUCGAUCAAAAUACACUCUUAUGGUAUGUGGAUUUCAUUAUAAACAACGAUAGUACUGAAAAUUAUAUGAAUUAUCAUUCUGCUCUUAUGUUAAUUUUGAAAUAUGUCAGCAUGUUCACCGAGCAUGAUCUAAUUCGGCAAUGGUUAGAUCGUUUAAGUCUUCAUCCACAUAACACAAUCUGCUAUCAAAUCAUUGAACAUUCGCUUUGUCCGACAACAACAUUGGUAACCUAUGUACAACAUGCCAGUGAAACACAAGUUGAACAAGUCCUCAAGUGUAUUCAAUCGGAGUUAGCCAUGAAAUAUAUUUCAAGUUUAUUAACAAUUCUAGAAUCAUUAACAAGAAAUAGUCAAACACAAAAAUAUGUUUUUCGGUCUGAUCAUCUUCAUAAUAUUAUUCAAUUAUGGUUACCUACAGUUACUCUAUCAUCAAUAAUAGUUCGAUUGAUUGAAUUACUUCUGGAUAUUGGUUAUUCAAAACAUAAUAAAAAUGCAGUAGAUAUUGCACAAUUCUUUACUGGUGACUAUUGUUCAACAUUAAUAUCGACCAACUUCGAAGAUCACAGUCCUCUGGCUCAUAUUAUCGUAUUUCUUUCAUCGAUAGAAACUUAUGAUACAUUGACUACUGUUAAUUUUAAUUCAGCAGUAGAUCAACUUCUACGAGGACUUUUCAGAAAUGUUGAAGAGAGGACAGAUGAUAUUGAUGAUGAUAAUAGCUCAAGUUCGUCACAUUUGCUCAGUCUUAGCACAGAAAUUACAAAGGCUCGAUCACGCCCUACGUUAAUUCAAUUGCUUUCAUCAUUUAUUCCUGACAUUAUGGGCUUAUUAGGUCAAAGAGGUCAAAUGAAAAAAUCUGGUAUUAUUUUACUUGCCGAAUUAUUGGAUCUAUCGACUAAUGAACGUUCUACGUUGCUCGAUAACGUACAAGACGCAUCGACAACGGACAAUACUAGUGAAGUCUUCACAGCUAAUCAACAACAACAAGUAUCAUUUUUUUCUACAGAACAGUCGAACACCGCUGAUGUUGUUCGCGUUCGACAUGAAGAUUUUAUUAAUGGUCAACAGCUUUUAACAAGUUUAAACAAUGCACCACCGAAUAAAAUUGAUCAAAUUCUUCGGUCUCAUUUAUCUUAUCGGAACUCCGUUUUACCUUCAACUGUUGAGCAAGAUCAACAUGAUCGACUUGUUCUUACUGAUACUGCACGUGAAAAUGUAUCCAAAGUACUUGAAGUAAUAGAUGAUCCGAUUCCAAUUUUACUUGAAGGCAGUACUGGUGUUGGCAAAAGUGCGAGUGUUAUGGAAGCUGCCCAUCAAUGCGGACGUACACUAGUACGUUAUAAUAUGUCAUCGCGUGUCACCAUCGAUGAUCUACUAGGAAAAGUGGCAUUAGUACUUGAUGAACAAUCACAAACAACACGUUUGCAAUUUGUCGAUGGACCAUUUACGACAGCAUUCUCACGUGGCUACUGGAUACUUUUUGAUGAACUCAAUCUGGCUCAAGAUACCGUUCUUCAAGCAAUUGAAUCCGCUCUUGAUACACGACAAUUAGUUAUUCAAAACUCAAGCUCUGCUCAACAAUCCACUAUUGCACAUAAAAUGCAUCCAGAUUUUCGUUUAUUUGCUACACAAAAUCCAAAUACAGGUUUUUUCAAGGGUAAACGAGAAAAAUUAUCACCAUCGUUCCUAAGUCGUUUUCGACCACUUAUCUUUAAAGAAUUACCUGAUAGGGAAUGGCGUGAAAUUGUUGCCAAACGAUUUGCACCACAUAUGCCUGAUCAAGCAGAAGUCUUAGCUGAACUACUCGUUACCAAUUUCAACACCAAUAUCAAGAAAGCGUUGAAUGAUCCUACACAAGUAUAUCUUGAAACAGGUCCAUAUGCAGAGAUUUCAAUUCGUGAACUUCUCAAAUGGGUUGAAUUACUCAUUUGCUGGCAAAAACAACAUAAUUCAUGGUCUCGCCAUACAGAAGCACGUACUACCGUGCUUAGUUUUAGUGCUUGGUGUGUCUAUGGUGCACGGUAUCGUUCGGUUGGUCGUACUCUCAUUGACAAUAUUUUAACUGACAAUGGCAAAGGUGGUUGGGGUCGUCCAGCUUUACAUAAUGUUAAGAUCAAUAUUGAUCAUAAUGAAAAUUAUGUCUAUUUUGAUGAUGUUUGUUAUCCAAUUCAGUCACAAUUAAAUAUCGAUAAUUCAAGAAAAGAAUGGACAUCUACAUUCAGAGCAGCUAAUCUUGAAAAUAUAAAUUAUAAUUCAAAUGUUUGGGAUCUAGCACUCGAAGUACACAUGAUCAUUCAUAAAUUAAUAAUGACCAAUGAAUUUAUUCAUUUGCAUGGUAUUUAUCGUAUUGAUCGUAGCUGGCUAUGGGACUGGCUUAUUUCAGCAGGUCGUUUAGAUAUUCUUGAACAACGUAAAAAAUUUGCUCUUCACGGUUGCAAAUUAUAUGCAGAUCGUUUUCGUCAUAAUCGAGCACAAGAAACAAUACGUAAUUGUUUUAGUAAUGUUUUCAACGAUGCCGAUUUGAAACAAAAAAUAUCGAAUAAUAAUGAUUUCGUACGGUCAGAAAUACCUUAUGUACUUACUGAUCGAGUAUUAUCUACUAUCAAACAAGUAUGUUUUAACAUGAAUAUUAAACAACCUAUUUUGAUUACUGGCGCCGAAGGAUGUGGUAAAUCCGAAUUAUUAUUGACCUUAGCUUGGUUUGCUGGUCAACAUGUACAUCAAUUAAAUAUAACACCAGAAACUGAACCAUCGGCUCUCAUCGGUCAACUUAUUCCAAAUGAUACUAAAGAUGAAAAUGAUCCUAAUUACGGUAAGAAAUUGAUUUGGCAAAAUGGUUGUGUUACUCAAGCAUAUGUCAAUGGUGAAUGGGUGCUUCUCGAUAACCUUGGCACGGCAGAAUCAUCUGUGCUAGAACGACUUAAUCCAGUUCUUGAACAAAAGCCUAUGCUUAUACUGACAGAAAAAGGCGAUGUUGACGAGCAAUUAAUUCAUCAUAAUUAUCAAUUAGUUGCUACAAUGACACCACCAGAUGCUCAUCAUCAGAUACAAUCAAUUGUAAGUGGUUCAACAAAUGAACUUUCACCUGCAUUAUACAAUCGUUUUGGUGUUGUUCAUAUGGAAGAUAUCUCAUUUGAUAUUAAUCAUGAUUCACAAGAAUUAUUGCUGAUUGCUAAAGCACUUCUAUCCGACGAGCCAGAUACUGAUCCUACUCUAGUGAUUGAAUUAUGUCGUACUAUUCUGACAUUUUAUAAAACUGAUACUAAAAGUUUUCCCAAGUUCACAUUACGUAAUAUCAUUCGAUUACUCGAUAGUACAUAUCUUUUACAAUUAAGAUUCAAAUCGACUCUUGAUUUUGUUAGCACUUUAUGGACAGCCUAUCACGUAACAAUUGCUAAUCAAAUAAAAAGUGAAGAACUUCGUACUAAAGUAACUGAUCAAGUCAAACAAAUUCUUGAAAAAGGUCGGCCAUCAGUUCAACUUCAUCAGCCUAAAUUUACGGAUUGGAUUCACGAAAGUGCAGAACAUAUCUUAACUGAAAGCCGACUGAGCUACGUCAAUGCAGUAUUGGGUGCGGUCGCAUGUAACAUUCCUUUGCUUCUUGAAGGUCCAGCAGCUGUAGGAAAAACUGCACUUAUUUCUUACUUAUGUAAACAUAUGAAGUCGCAAACUUUGAAUAAUCAUUCGAACAUACCAAUACAACUAGAACGAGUGAAUAAUACAGAUACAACAACUAUUCAGGAUUAUCUUGGCACGUUUCUACCUGUUAAUGAUGGUUUUGCUUUUCAAAAAGGUGCUCUCUACCGAGCAAUGGAGAAUGGCUGGUGGUUUCUGGCCGAUGAAUUCAAUUUAGCGGAUCCAUCUGUCAUGAAUAUGCUCUUUCCAUUACUUGAAGGUAAGAAUACGAUUACAAUCCCAUCAAGUGGUAAAAUUAUGACAGCGAAGCCCGGUUUUCAAUUUUUUGCAACACAAAAUGAUGCUUCUUAUGCAAAUCGACAUCAAUUACCAGUUUCGUUGCGAAAUCGUUUUCUGGAAAUACAGUUCGGUGAGUUUCCAGAAAAUGAACUAGCUGAAAUUAUUGAAAGACGAAAUGAAAUUGGUAAACAAAAACCCGCAUGUUUAACGAAGAAAUCGACACAACAAAUGGCUCACUUCUAUCAUCGAAUUAUUCGUAGUCGAUCACGUAUUACAUUUCGUGAAAUUGUUAAAUGGCUCCAUCGACAUGCUCUUUUCUCACCAAAGAAAGAACUUUGGCCUAUUGUCGGUGCGUCAUUAUUAGGAGCUCGAUAUCCACUUGAUUCUGCCGUACGGCAGGUAAUACUGAAUGAUCUACAGUCAGUUUGGUCUGAUAUUACUCUUUCAUCAAAUGCACAAAUUGAAAUUAAAGAAGUCGGUGGACAAGUUCGUUUUCGAGAAGGUGAACUCUUAGUUGAUCUACCAAAUAUGUCUCUGAACAAUACGUUAAUACCUAUGUCACCUGAAACAUUUCAUCGUUCGCUCGUUCGUCUUGCUCUAGCCGUUCACGCUAGAGAACCUGUUCUACUUAUUGGGCCAACUGCAUGCAAAACAUUACUUAUUGAAACAUGGACAAGUCUUUCAAAUCGUACAAAUGAACUCGUUAAAGUUCAUUUAACACCCGAUACAGACGCAAGUGAUUUGAUUGGAGAAAUUCAGCCAUAUUCUUUUCUUGAUUUACUGAAACGACUACCAGCAAUGGCUGAACGUGUUUACCUUCGAUUUCGAAGUCUUUGUCAACAUCAUAGCAAUACAGGACAAAUGACCACAAAAGAUGAAAUCUUUCUUCAACCACUUCUCGAGGCAAUCAAUCGUCAACUUCCUGAUGCUAUUCGAGAAUUUGAAAGUUCUUAUUCACGUGAUGAACAACGGCGACAAGAUAAAGAUGAAUUACAUGAUGAUUUUACAGCACUCCGUGCACAAACAGAAGCAAUUCUCAUGCCAAAACCAUUGGAUGAAAUACUUCCAAUGAACGAAAAUGUUAUAGAUUCCACAAUAUCAAAAGCAACCAAAAGUGCAUUUACUGCAGACUUCUAUUCAACAGACGACUGCUUCGAUACUUCUUAUCAACCAGACAUCGAUUUGGGCUAUCCAAUUGAAUCUUAUGACAUGAUUGAUGAUGGUUUUGGUUCUACUUCCAGAGACUUUAGUUGUGACGCCCCACUAUCGAUCGAUACAGUCACAGCAACAACAGCAACAGCAACAACUUAUUUCGAUGAUGGUUUUGGCGAAAGUGCUGUACCAGCACUAUCGAACUUGAAUGAACCAUUGAAAGAAGCUACUUUUGAAUUCGACGAUGGUUUUGAUGUGCUCGUUUAUGUAGAAAAACCCUCAAAUAUAGCCGAAUCUAACAACGAUUCAACUGAUCAAGUACAGUCAACCAUUCUUGAUGAUGGUUUUGCUGAUGUCUUAAGUACAACUACUACAACAGAUGAUUUAAUUUUGUCAUCGACUAAACCAGUGAAUCAAGUUUAUGAGACUGAAUUUUCUGAAACAUUCCUUAAUACAAUUGAACUCAUUCGAGAUCAAUUUAAAACUAUGCGUCAACAUACUAAUUAUGCUUCUUUCGCUUCUAAAGAUGCAACUCUGAUUGACUAUCAAUCCAAAUUUAAUGACGCUUGGGAACGUUUAACAGGAAAGAAUUUUGAUCGUACAAAACCUAUUUUUCUUUUUAAUGAUGGACCAGUUACAACGGCAGCUAAACGAGGUGGUGUUAUUUUUCUUGAAGAUCUUGAUCUACCAAGCCAAGCAGUCAUCGAACGAUUAAAUUCGAUGCUCGAACCAAGUCCAACAUUUGCUCUCACUGAAGAUAUUACUAGUCAUGCCGAAAAAGGUCAACUUGAUAUUAUAUUAUCGAACCAAUUUCAGAUUUUUGCUAGUGUACAUCAAGAUCAAACCCAUCAAGUACUAAAACUAAGUCCUGCUACUCGAUCACGUUUUACAGAAAUUUACGUCCCAGCCUAUACAGAAAAAGAUCUUCAGCUUCUUGUUAAAUCAGAAUUAAUACGAAAACAUAUUAGUAGUAAUCAAAUUGAUUCACUUGUUGAAAUCAUGUUUUCUUUACGUCGAAAAUUACAUGAAGAUCCUGAAUGGAAACUAGACAAUGAUAUUCAGCUUUUAUUUCGUUUGAUAGAUUUUCUCAUCGGUCAUCAUACAUCUAUAUCAUUAAUUCAUCGACUCUUUCUUGGUGCUCGAUUCGUCUAUUUCGAUCAAUUACCACUACCAAGACAUGCCUCACUUUUCGAAGAAUGGCGUAAAAGUUUACCAACUGGAAAUAGCUAUCACGAAUACGAUCAUAUUUUUAAAGCGCCAACUGCUGAACAUGGAGCGAUCACUCUUGAAUCGAUCAAAGCGACUGAAAAAGAUAAAGAACCGAUAUUUCCAUUCGAAAUCGGUCCCGGAUAUAUAGCAUUACGUUAUACUAGUGUUCGUUAUUCUUGUGAACAUCUUGAUGAACAGAAUCAACUAAAACAAAUAAAAAAUCUUCGUGAAAAUUUCUUUUGUGUUCCAACUCAAACAUUGAUCAAUCAAAUUGCACGAAUAUUUGCUGCAACAUCAUCUAAAACACCACUCUUACUCGAAGGUCCACCUGGUAUUGGUAAGACACAAGUCGUCACACAAGUAUGUGCCUUACUGAAUAAACAAUGUGAACGUAUCAAUUUGUCUGCUAAUACUUCCUUGGACCAAUUAAUCGGUUGUAUUAUUCCUCGAUUUGUGAAUGGUACUAGAAUAUUUCAAUGGCAAGAAGGUCGAGUCUUAUCUGCUAUUAAAUCACAAAAAUGGAUUUUAUUUGAUGAACUUAAUUUGGCUGCACCAGAAGUACUCGAAGCUUUAACACCACUUUUCUAUCGUGGUACAUCCCAGUUUAUUGUACCGACCACAGGAGAAAUCGUACCCUUGACAAAUGUUCGUUUAUUUGCUACGAUGAAUCCAUCAACGAUUGGUGGUGGUCGAAGUAAAUUGCCUCGUUCUAUCAGUAAUCUGUUUACGAUUGUUCAACUUGAUGAUUAUUCAGAAAAUGAAUUACGUAUUAUUCUCAAUCAUCUAUUCGAUCAUGAUUUAACAGAAAAAAACAUUAGUAUGGAUCAACUGGAUGGGCUAUUUGAUAUGCAUACAUCAUUAAAAUUACUCGUACGGCAAGGCACACUUGGACGAACAGGUGGACCUUAUGAACUCAAUUUACGUGAUUUAUCCAAGUUUCGAGAUGUUUUUCGUGGUUCAAUUGACAGUCAACUCUUUCAUUACCAGUAUAUUGAUACUACAGAUGAUAACACUAGGUACGAUAAUAAUCAAAAUAUUAAUAAAGAACUAACAGAUGUUGAUGAAUUAAGUCCAGGUAUGGAUACAUCCGAUGCUCGAUUUUUAUCCAUUCGAAAAUUUGCUGAAGUUGUUUAUGCUUGUCAAUUUCAAGAUCAGAAUGAUUUCUAUGAAGCUUGUGAACGAAUUAAUACUAAAUUUCCUAUUAAUCCGAUUUUAAAAAAACGUGAAAACGAUUGUUCAAUUGAUACUAGUGUUGCAACAGUUGUACGUAUUGGCUCAAUUUAUGUCAGUACCGGACGAGAAGAACCAUCACCAAUUGAGACGGGUUUAAUUCAUACAACGAAAACUGUUCGCCAAUUAGAAUUACUUGCUGCAGCAUGUCAAUCAAAACGAGCCAUUCUUCUCGAAGGUGAUAUUUGUUCACGUAAAUCAUCUCUUGUCAUUGAGCUAGCUCGACUUACACGUCAUCGUUUAAUAAUUAUUCCGCUCCAUGAAAAUUUUGAAACAGCAGAUCUUAUCGGUUCUUGGCGACCAAAUAGUCAUGACGAACAAAAUCACCCACUAUUCACUAAAAUCGAUACAAUGUUCAAACAAAUUAUUAAAAUGCUUUUUCUUAUUGUUAUGCCAUUAUUAUCUCGGGCAAGUAAUGAACACGUUUUUAAUCAAUUUAAAAUAAUUCUUCGUCAACGAUCAUUAAUGCCUGAUGCAAGUCGAUUUGAAACAAUUCCUUAUGAACUUGAAGCACUCCAAGACACAAUUACUUUAUUAACUGCAUUAAGUAAAAUUUCGGAGAUGUCUAAUGAAGUCAAAAUUCGUUUAAAUGAAAAACAAGAAAUUGGUUUUGUUUUCGUUGAAUCCGAAUUUAUUCAAGCGAUUCGUGAAGGUUGGUGGAUUCUUCUCGACAAUAUUAAUAGUGCACCAGCUGAAGUACUUGAACGUUUAAAUUCUUUGACAGAAGAUAAUCCAAUGUUAUCUUUGUAUGAAAACUCAAGUGGUCAAGUUCUUACAAAAUUGAAUGGUAUUCAUCCGAACUUUCGUUUAUUUACAACGGCAAAUCUCAAUCGAAUCUAUUCAAAUAAACUUUCAUCGGCUUUUCUCAAUCGAGUUAUUCGUAUUUGUUUACCACCAAUUGAUCAAUGGGAUUUAAAGAUCGAUAGUGAUCCAACAUCGACUGAUCUAUAUGAAUUAAUUUCCAAUCAAUUAGCAACAAUACCAGCCAGUAAACAAAUAGCAACUUUAUUAAUUCUUAUGCAUUUUAAUGUCAAAGAAUAUGUAAAAGAUGGUCAUUUAUCAUACCCAAGUGAUUUUCUUGUUACUUAUCGACUUUUAGAACAAUGUGUUCGUACUUUACGAUAUUUAGUCGAUCAGAAUGUAAAUCCAGUCGAUGCUUGUUUUUGGUCAUUAUUAAGAUCGUAUUGUUCAUCAUUACAUAAUCCAUCGGAAUAUCAAUUCUUUGUUACGGAAUUAAAGAAAAUAAUUGAUCAAUUACAUCUUUGUUCAUCGUCAACAAUCUAUUCUACACCAACGGAUCAACUGGAUCAAAAACAAUCAGCAUGGCUUCAAGAAACACACGCAAUUCGUGCAAAUUUUCUUCAACUCGAACGAUUUCUUGUUGAACUAAUUAUAACUUCUAUUCAAAUUCUCGCCUCUGAUAAUAAACUUUUCAAAUCAACACGUGACUUAUUCAUAUUAUUCAUCGAUGAUAUUCUGCUACCAAUGACACCUACUCAAUCACAAUUAAUUCAAAUAAAACAAAUGUUACUCAUUGAAACUGAUAGUGAUAUUGAUCUACCAAAACUAUCAUCAGAAUUAAUUCAAUUUGAACAAUUAACUCUUCGAACAGAUCUUCAGCAAACGAUGACAAUUUCAAAUUUUGUACAACAAUUUAUCACACAUGAAUCAUCAUCAUUAGAAGUUUUAUGUAAUCAAUUAAGUGAUUUACUUGACAAAUUCAUACGUAAUACAUCGUUUAGUGAUACAUAUGAACGCUUAGCUUUUCUUCAACGUACAAUAUUAAUUAUUGAAACGUUCGAUCGCUUUUUAAGCUCACCAAUAUUUGCAACAUUUGAUCGUCAAACUAAAAUCACAAGGUUCUGUUCUCAAUUAAUACAAUACUUACGACCAUUAUUAACAUUUAAAGAAAAAUAUCAUACCUAUGAACUCUUUCAUGAUCCAGCGUUUCUCGAUGCUAAACAACAAUUUCGUAUGCAUAUGUUCGAACAUUUCGAUACUGGCUUAAUUUGGUCAUUUGAACGAGUACAAACAUUUCCAAUUUAUUCUUCACGAAAAGAUCUUCGCAAAUUGGUCGAACAUAUUCUAAAAGAUCAAAGCAAAUCUAAUUUAACUCAGCCCAUUCAAUAUUUUGCAACACUUCUCGAAUGGGUUGGUCUUCGCUGGACAUUUGAUGAUUAUCUUUCUAAUAGUGUUCGACAUGUUCUCCAACGAAACGUGUCAAUUACAUAUGAUUUUAUUGUUGAAUGUGAAGUGAAAUUUUCCUGCUGGGAAUUAUGUAAAACAUUAUCGAGCAUGAUUGAAAAUAUUGUUCGAGAAUUACCAUCGGAAUCAAGUACAUUAGAGACGGAUUAUAUACGAUUGAAAAAAGAUCUUACAAAUAAACAAAUGGAAGUAGAAAAAAAAGCGAAUGGCGUUAAACAACUUCAAAUUCGUAUUGCUGCAAAGAAUCAAAAUAAUACAAUGACAACUACAAAUGAACCGAUAGUAACAACAUCGACAACACGUACACCACUGUUACGCAAUGUGUCUAUAUUCACUCCUGAUGAGAAUGAUUCACAAGGUCAAUUAGAACUUCUUCAAAAUGAAUUAUCUCAACGACGUAAUGAACUUAAUCUAAUUUCUACUCAACUUGAUCGAAUCGAACUGGAUCGUUCACAAACUAUUGAUAAAGCAUUAACAGCGCAAAAAAAACUCAUUGAUGAUAUGCAUAAACUACGAACAUCAGCUGCAUAUGAAUUUGUUCGAAAACGUUUUGAACAAUCGGAUACGAAACAUUUAAAUCAUAUCUGUCAAAUGCUCAUUGAUGCUAGCAAAAAUCCAAGUUUAAUUAAUACCAAUGGUCUGUUAGAUUUACAUGCUGUUCUCGCAACACCUUUUGGUCGAGAAUUGAUCGAACAUGAUGAUAUAUUAGGCACACCAAUGGUUCUUUUUCUUUGUGGCUUUUUCAUUUUUCCGAAUUUUGAUCAUGGACAUCGUUUACGGAUUAUAUCCGACUGGAAAGUUUUUCAACAACAGAUCGAUAUUCGUACACUGAAUCGUGCUGACUUGAUAAUGUACUGUCCAACCAAUCGUCCAUUUGAUUGUUGCCUUUUAUCUGUAGAAAAUCAAGCUCGCUCAAUCACUAUUCAUAUAUUCAGUUUACAACAAGACAUCGAAACGCAUAAUUUGAGUGAAAUUUUAACAGAAAAUUUAUACGAAGAAAUUCAAUUUCAUUUUAUUCAACAACAAUUACCUCAUACCAACGAUGUACUAUCAGAUGAUGACUUUCAAAUAUUUGGUUUUGCUUGUCUUUUAUAUCUUCAUAAAGAAAUAAACACAUCAACAAGAGAUAUUUAUGAUCAACUAUUAGUUAUCUAUAAUCAAUUAAAACAAUUUGUUCAACAGAAUGCACUUAAACGAAAACCUUUAACUUUUUUUAUUUAUCAAAAGUUGAUACAAUUUGAAAAUGAAUUACAAAAUUUAAUAUUUGAUAAAACUGAUGACAAUCUUUGGUUUAAAACUAUUCAACAAAUGUGGACAUUAAUUAAACCUUAUCAAACAACAUUUUCAUCAGUAAUGGUACAGAAUAUUUAUCAAGAAUUAAAAUAUACUAUUCAGUCUAUUGACCCACCAAAUCUUAGUAGUCGUUUAACAUCAUUAGCAUACAUUCAGACAUUAAUAAAUACUUAUACUUGUGUUCAUUUGAUCGAUGAACAUUUACGUAACAAUGAACAAUUGAUAGAUAUGCAUAGUAUCAAAGAUUUUCAACUUCUUUUUGAUUUUCUUCAUAAAUCAGUUCGUCUUCUUAAAUUGAUUAUACAACAUGUGACAUUUGGUGGACAAUAUUUAACAUCUGAACUCUAUCAUUCAACACCGGAAACCAUUGCACAUCUUGAACAUAUUUUUCGUUCUAUAUUAACAUUAGUUGAUAUUGUGGAUGGACAAUUGAAAGUUAGUAUUACGCAUAAAUCCACAUUCUUUAUUGACUUUCAAACUAAACUUGAUUUAUACUUAACUAACCUUCGAUUACCUUCAAAUCUACUAGCCCGUUAUGGUCUUGUAAAUUUUAUUGUUCAAAUUGCUCCACUCUUCGAUGAACAUCGUCAUGAACAAUUAAUUAACAGUUCCGAUACAAAUGAAUCCACUACACAUAUAUCAGUGAGUAUCGAUCCGAAAGAAUUAAGAAAAAAGACGAUGCAAAAUAGAAUCGAAACGGUUAUUACCAAUAUUACGAAUUUAUUAUCGCGUGCUGGUCAUCUCCCUCUUCGACCUCAUCAUAUCAUUCAACGUAUUCAUACAACAUUGCACAAAUUAAAAACAUUUGAUAUUGAUCAAGAAAAUGAAGCAAAUUGUAAAUGGAUUUUUACUGAAGAACAAAAAUUAACUGACUUACUGGAAAGAUUCACGCAUGAAAUUAAUCAAUAUACUUCAUUUCAUGCUCCCUUACCAAACGAUCGACCAAUUCAUCAAUUACAAGACUCUGAACUUCGUUUAACAAUUUCUCCGACUAUUCCACUACUCAAAUAUCAAUCAGAUUUGAAAUCCUAUUGUGAAAAUAUUCAAAAUAGUAGUAAGGUCCAUUCAUUUUCUGAAUUAGCUCAAAUUAUUCGUUUAACUCAUGCUCAAGUAUCCAAUCAAACAUGGAUACAAGCAAUAUGUCUACUACCAUCGAAUGAAAAGGAUCUUCUCAAAAGAACUUUAAUGGUCCUCAACGAUGAUUUAGCUAUUCAACUUGAACGACAAUCGACGAAUGAUACACAUGGUAUUACAUUGGAAGAUAAUGUUGCUUUAGCUUAUGCACAAUUUCGUUGUGAUCUAUUAAAUGAAGAAGCUAAUAGUGACAUGCUGUCAAAUUAUGCAGCUGUAGCUAAUUUAUCAACAAAACUACAUGAUUGGACUAAACAAGCACAUUUGAAUGUUUUUAAUAUGUUAGGAAAUAUUAUGAAAAUUCAUGAAGAUUUAAAUCGAGCUCAAAAUCAAAUGAAAAAUUUUCCAAAUGAUUCAAGCUGCAGCCUUUUACCGAUUGACCUUCGACCAGAAGAUCUUAUUUGCCUCCUUGCACCUGAAUAUACUUCGAUUGUACAAAUUAUUUGUUCAAAAUUUAAUCAGAUUGAUUUAUAUCUUUCAUUUCGUGCAGAUAAAAUCGAACCAAUGCAUCUGUCUGAAAUAGCAUCAUCAAUAACAGCUACGCAUGGUCUUGCUAGUUAUGUUUAUCGUCGUGGUACAACAUUGACAUCAUUAUUUGAUAAACAAAAACAUAUCCAUUCAAUUGUUAAUGCAACAACAAAUGUUCUUCAACAACUUAUCGAUAUGUGUAUUGAUCCAAAGAUUCAAGCUAGUCGUCUGAUGAAAAUAUGUACUAGUGUGAAAGAAUUAUUUCCUAUACAUAUAGCUCUUUCAUUAACACUGAUGAUUUUAAUUGAUCAAGUAGCGAAUAAUAUUGCUGAUUUUCAACAACAUGUGCAACUAUUAACAUUGACAACAUUGAAGAAUGAAGAAAAUGAACUUUUUGAGUUGAAUACAAAGAAACACCAAAUUAAACAAGAAUUAAAUAUAGUACAAAAAGAAUAUGAUAGAUUACAUGCUGAGCUAGAAGAGGUUGAAUUAGAACUUCAUUUUGCUACAAGAGAAGAUCAUUUUCUUGUUGAAAAACUUGAAAAAAAAGUACUCAAUUGUCGUCAAGUUAAAACAGUUGCAGAAAAAAAUUUGCAAUUGAAACAAAAUGAACUAUUAACUGCUAAACAACAUCUCGAACAAGCGAAUCAGUCAUACCAAUAUAAAUUAGAACAAGAACAACACCAAUGGAUGAUUACAGUUUUGAAUUAUUUUUCGAAGAUUUCGAAAGUUAUUAAAACAUCUGUAGUUGGUUUAGGAGAACGAUCUGGGAUAACAAUUUCAUCAACAAAUGAUCUUCUUGCAUUUUUGAAUAUUCCAAUAGCUAUUGCUCGACAAAGUUUUCUUCAGACAGCUCAUAUUAUCAUUGAUGAUAUUCAAAUACAACAAUUACAAAAGGAUCUAUUCGAUGGUUUGAACAAUGUACGAACACAUGCAAUGGUAUUAACAGAAACUGAUCCGAUGCAUUCAUUUAUUUCAUAUUAUUGUGAUUUGAUAAGUAUGUCACUUUCAUCAUUUGUCAAUUCGACAACGAGUUGGAAAGAUUACUCUCAACUUCUACAAACAUCACAACUUGAAUUUUAUGCCGAUAAUAAGAAGAAACAGAAUAUAUGUCAAUUAAAUUUAUGGACUCGAGAACAAUGUUCAUUAUUUCUCGAUGAAAUUCAUUCAGGAUAUGAACUAAGUGAUAUUAUAAAACGUGCUCAAAAUAUUAGUAAAUAUGUUCGUACUGAAGCAACAAAACUUGACAUUAUAAUGACAGGUCAACAUACUAAACAAUUUCAAUAUCUAAUUCGUGAAUUUGAACGAUUUGUUCUUAAUUUACUGAUAGCCGGAUGUCGUUAUUUACAAUUACAACGUGGUAUACGUGAACCAUUGGAUGAUCUUCUUGUAGGUAUAACUACUGAAAUAAUGGAUUCAAACCUACCACACACCGAAGUUGAUCUUCUUAAUCUAUUAAAUCGAUGUGAAAUGCAAUUAAGAAGUCAAAGUGACACAUUACUAUUUGUUGCUUUACAUCUUGUAUUUACAUUUAAUUCCAAUCCAUUUAAUCUUUUCGAUCAACUUGAACGUUCAGUAAAAGCUUUACUUCAAUUAGUUCUACCAUCUGCUCAUAUGAUUCAACGUACAUGGUCUACAAUUGAUGGAUUAAUCGAGAAAAUUUCUACAGCUAUAACUGAAAAAGAAUACAAAGUACUUGAUGAAGUUUGUCAAAGUUUUUUACGAUUAACCGAUGAAUCGAAUGAAAUUGAUGAUAAGGGUGAUUUUAUUUCCAAACGAUUACGAUACGAUUUAUUCGAACUUAUUUCUAAGCUCAUCGAUCAACUACAAGAUAUUUUAUUACAAAAUCGAUCAAAUAUGACACUUUUUUGUGAAGAUCUCAAUCGACGAUGGCAUUUAGCUAUGAAAGAAAUCUUUCGUGGAUUUAUUAAAGCACAAAAAUUUCAUAUUCAUCGUCAAUUAGCUUGGAAUCAACGAAAAUCAAAAUCCAUUAACGAUUCAUUAUUUCUUUUGAAUAAUGAACAAUCUUCACUUCGAUUAGCUGAUAUUGAACGUAUUCUUCAACGAAAAAAUCUUGUCUUAAAAUCGAUUGAUUCUCAGCAACGUAUUAUUCGUUUACGACAAUUAUACUACCUUCAAAUAAUUUAUGAAUUAACUAUUGGUGGUAGUGAUAAUCUUGAAGUAAUCAUUAUGAAUAUGCCAAUGGAACAUAUGGAUUAUGUUCUAUUCUUCAAAUUAUUACAAUCUACACGUAAUAUUUAUGAACAUAGUGAAAAACUUCUUCUUGAACAUUCAUUGACAAAAUUUAUCAACGAUGAUGAACAAAUUGCAUAUGCUUUUAAAUUACUUGAAUGUCUUUAUCGUCAAGAAUAUGAAAUUUAUCAGAAUUUUUAUAGAAUUUCAAAAGUAGACGUAGAAAAUAGUGCCAAUGAUUUGUGUUCAUUGACGAAUUUACAACCUGUUAUCCAGCAAGCAAAAGAUGCAUCUGAACAAUGGCUUGCUGCUGGAAAAGCUUUUAUUCAACUACGUCAUAAAGCUCGAACGAAAGAUGAAUACUAUUAUGAUAAAGUAGCACGAAAGUUAACGAAAUGGGGACGAAGCGCAUUAAACUUACUUGUAGGAACAUCAAAUACAAAGCAUAGUUAUGAUGUUGAUGCUGGUUUUGCAUCUGUACUUCAAGAAAUUAUUUGGUUGAUGCAAUCACAACAAAAUGGAAUUCAUCAAAUCUUUACUAUGCCAGACCAAUAUCCAUUGCAUAAAUUAGUUAAUCUACACCACCAUUAUCAAACUUUGUUAAAUCUUGCUCCAUUAGAUAAACAUUUGUUUUCUCAAACAAACGAUAUUUAUCAGUUGACUAUAGAACGCUUGAAUUUGAACAUGAAGAUGAUUCAUAUUAUAUUUUGGGAUAAACAUGAUAAAAAACUUCCUGUUGUUAGUUUAACUAUUACAUUAAAUAGCCCAUCGAUAAAUCUUCAUAUUAUUGUUAAAACAGAAAUAACAUAUGUAGCUGUUGAUACUGACAGUUCUGCAGGUAUGAUGAUGAAGUGGUCAAGAUUAAUCGAUGAUCGAAUGUCAUACUACGUAUUAAACAAUGUGAAAUUAACGUGUCAACGAGUGCACUCCAAAUUUUGCUAUAUAGUUCCUGGUAUUGAUAAAGAAAUAUCUGAAUCAACAGUUCCGUCUACAACUGAUGUGCAAAAUGGUCUACAUGAAUUAGAAGAUCAACUGAAAGUACGAUAUCAACAAAAUAAUGAAGAAAAAGAUUUUCAAUCGUCACCAUUUACACAAGCACUUGAAUUAUUAAACACAAACUUGACAAAAAUUAAUUUGAUACUGAAGUGUCCGACACUGAGUAUGAAUGAUCUAUCAACAAUAUCGAAUACGUAUCGUAUAUUCAUGUCAUUACCACAAAUAGACAAAAUCCAACAAGCAAUAGAUUUAUUACCAAUGAAAAACUUCUCAUCUAUUUCACCACUUAUACAAUUUGUUAAUGAUGAUGAUCCAGCAACGAGUGUAAACUUCAAUUCUGUUCAAACUCAUUCAAUGGAAAAAGCUUUCCUCUUAGGCCGACAAAGUUUAUUAAAUACUCGCGAUCAAAUGAAACGUUUUGUUAAAUAUUUGUAUCUAACUAAAGCGUAUAUUAUCUUGACUUAUGCAUGGGCUAAUGCACUUUCAAUAAAUGGAUUAUCAGAUACUCAACAAGAAUUUUCGAUGAUGAUAAAAGAAUGUGAACAAUUUGAAAAAUUAAGCAUGGAAAAUACACAAGAGAAUCUUCAACAUGUAAAUGAUUAUCGCCGAGUCAUCAAUGAUGCACAACGAAUCUAUCGUACAAUCAAACGAACAUCAAAUAAUUGGAUUGAAAUCAAACGUUUAAUGGCUUUAUCACCUUUAGCAAUCGAAAACAAUCUCAAUGCUGCAUUUCUUCAUUCACAAAUGAGUCGUGAUGCUCAUCUAUGGCUAACAGAAAUGAAAAAGGACGAUAACACAUCGUCACUUGUGACAUGUCAUCCAACAUCUGCUAUUCUUGAUUUUGGUAUUUCACUUAUUGGUAUUCAUCAACGAAUAGUUCAACGUAUAUUUAUUCAUAACCAUACCAAUCGAGAUCUAACGAUACGAGUUGACCGAAAUAGUUCAAAUGAUACUGUAUUUGAUGUGACAAGUGAAAAUGCUCAAGUCAGUGCAAGCAGUAUGUGUGAAUUAGAAGUCUUUCUUCGACCACUGUCGACAUUUGGUUCAACAGAGGAAAAGUGGAAUUUAUUAAUCGAUAAUGAAAUUUCAUUAUCGGACGUUAUUCAAGUGAAAACUCAGACGGUUAAAGUCGAUGUAGAACAAUCGGCUGAUAUAAUUAAUUUUGAUUGUAUAGCAUGCGGUAGUUAUCGAAUCGAAAAAAGUAUCAAUUUAAAAAAUAUUCUACCCUGUCUAGUACGUAUUAAAUCUCAAUUACAAGGCACGGAAAACAAUCAGCGACAUUCUCAGUUGACCCUUCUCAACAAUGAAUUUGAACUGCCACCAGAAUCAACUCUACCAUUCAAUAUUGCACUUGAACCUACAGAUAAUAUCGAAGAAGAUAUUGAAGCAGAUGUAUGUUUAGCAAUUGAUUCCGCUCGAAAUCUGAAAUGGAUCAAAGUUCUUGCACAGGUACGACGUCUUAAUUUAUCUAUAAUAUAUCAAGGUCGUGUCUAUAUGGAGAAUAUUUCAUCCGAUCGUAUAUCAAUUCAUGAUUUCUAUAAAGGUGAAAAACGUCUCAUUUCUCUUGAAUUUCAAAACCAAGGACUCAUUGAAUAUACUCUUCUUCUCUCAUCGAAAAAUAUCAUAUUGAACAUACCUGAAGUACACUUACCUUCUAAUACAAAAAAGACUGUCCAAAUUGAACUUGAAAUAUCGACCACUGUACGACAAGAUUCUGUACUUGCCAUUGAUGUCAUCAAUAAUAAACAUCACUAUGAAUUGACAUUUGAUUGUCGAACAGCACAACCUCAAUUGACUUAUUCAUGUCGCUCAUCAGAUAAUAAGCAGCAUAUAUCAAUUACACAUUCUCCUCAUAUGGAGCAAAUUUGGAAUAAAAAUCUGCAACGAAUAUCACCUAUUGAACAUGAAAUCAUAUUUAAGAAUGGAGGUCGAGCCGCAGCAACAUUAAGUUAUAAACGUACUGUAUCAGCUCAAACUCCACGAAUACCUUUAACAGCUGAAUUUUAUAUGGAACCAAAUAAUCUUGUUAUUGCGCCUAAUUCACAAGUACCUGUCCGUUUUCUUUAUCAUCCAGUGGAUUUACGAAAAUUUGAUGCUCAGAUACAAAUACAAACAAAUACCUCGAUUGAUCCAAUCAAUGUGCCGUAUUAUGUUGAAUUCGAUACACCUAUCUUACAAUCAAUGCCGCGAAGUUUAAUCGAUAUUGGUUUGCUUGAAUCAGACAAAUCUUUUAAAGAUAAAAUAUUAUUAGUUAAGAAUAUCGGACAGAAAGAACUUCGUUUUGUAAUAUCAGAACCUCGCCGAAAACAUUCACGUAUUAAAACGGCUUUUCUACAAGAAUCAUCGUCUGCUACUUCAUCAUCAAUCAAUCAACCACUGCGUAUCAAUCCGAAUCAACACCGUUCAUUUGAUCUUAAAAUCGAAUAUAAUCAAGUCGAUUCUAGUCUUGAAUCUGAAAUAAUAGAACUUGUUGAAUUUGAACUGACAAGUAUAUGUGAUCCUGUCAUUGACAUGGAUAGUAUACUUACCAAUCGCACGGUAACGAUUGUCAUCGUUGGACAUACAAAAACAUUAGCAGAGUAUGCAUCACCGAAAGAAAGUAAUUCAAAUAAUUGGUCUAGUCUAGAGUUACUAUCAUCAUCUUGGUUAUAUCGUAUUUAUCGAGAACAUACCAUUUAUGCAGCUUAUAUACCAUUAAUAAUGCUCACAGCAAUUGCUCAUGUUUGUGGCUCACAAAAAACAAAGAAUUCAUCAUUGCCGAUGACUGAAGAGGAAUGGUCAACAUUCUGUUCGAAUCUUCAUCGUGAUGGAAGUGGAAUCUAUCAAAAACAAUUAAAGCUUGAUUCUUUUGGUGAUCAGGCAACAAUGGACAUGGCUACUGACACUUUAACCAAACAUUUACGAUUUUCAUGUAUAAGUAAUCGAUCCUUCUUCUAUUAUUCGAGUUUAUUUCAUCGUUCGUUUACAAACUAUGAAACUAUUCGACUUCAACUCAUCGGUGUAAAUAAUUCAGCGGCGAAUAUCGACGAAGCUUAUGCAAUGCAAAAUUAUGUAGAAAAAUUUUGGAAUAUCUAUGAAGAAUGUUCAGUCGAGAAUGUCCAUGAACAGACUAUUGAAUUUAUACAUCAAUGUAUCAGCAACGAUUGUGCUAUGCCUGAAAGCAUUCGUUCUUUCACUAAAUUCAUUCAUCAGAUUGUUCAACCUUCUUCAACAAUUAAUAUAGAAAAACAAUUGUCAACACUAAUACCAUCAGCAAGUACUUUCAGGGAAUUAAUUCAAACUUCAACUAAUCUAUUCGAUUUGAAAUGGACACUACUCUUUUUACAUAUAAAUGAACAUACUCGAGCAAUACUGAUUCGAUUGAUAAAAAAUGAUUGGCAAGCAUUACUCGAUUUAUACUUGAUAAUUGUUAGACAACAAAAUACAGAUAUUAUACAAAGAUCAUUACUCGAAGCAGUGGAGAAUAUGCAUAAAUCAUGGGAUACAAUGGAUAUAAAGAUUAAAGCGACUAUUUUUAUUCCACUAUUCGAUAAUUUUAAAGAAUUUAUUCCUAUUUUUACACGUGUGUUAGGCAAGCAAAAGCCGCAACUUGGUGAUCUAAUAGAACUGACAGAAUUAGUCCUUGCACGCCUCGAACCAUCACAACCGUUACAAUCUAUCUUGAAAGUUUUUACCAAAACCAGUUACACCUCUAUUUAUGACGCACUUCGAAGCAUUUCUUCUCUUCCUUAUCCGCCACCUCAACGACUCAUUUCAGAAAUGUGCCAAUUCCGACGAACAUUAACUGAUAAUUUCCAAAAUCCGCCCAUCCGUGCAGAACAUAUCAAGCCGUAUUGUGAUAUACUUGGUCAGCUUCUUUCACUCACUCAUAAUCAAUGGAAUUCUGUCCGGAAGGUAAUUGAAUAUGCUUGUACUCUACUGUGUAAUGUAAAUGAGAAAGAUAGAACAGUAGCGUCUGUUGUUAUUGAAAUUCUUUUUCUUAUCAAUAUUCUUAAUCCGGAACGGAAUUGGUAUUCAAUUCGAGAAUUAUACAAACACCUGUAUUCUACACCUACAUGGGAAGCAAUGCUUAGUUUUGCAGAUGCUUUGGGUUUUCAUAAAGAAGUUAUUCAUCUGACCGAAACAUUGAAAAAUGAUCAAACUGAAGAAAAUAAAGCUGAAACAAUUUUACAACUAUAUCGUCUUGUAUCAACGGAUGAUGAAUUAAAAUUACUCAAUAAAAACGAAUACUUAAUUCGUCAAUUAUCAUUACAAACAUCAACAUCUCCUACUGUCUUUUUCGAACAAGUUCGUCCAUUUACUCCACUAGAUCUUCAACCAAAAAUUGAUGCUUAUUUGAUUUUACAACGUCUAUCAUCGUGUUCAACGCCCGAUGAUGAAACUCAAUAUAUUCUUUUUGACAAUAUUGUUCCAUCAUGGUUGACAUUAUUCGAUAUAAAUUGUAAAAAAUUACAUAGAUUAUUCACUGCUAUUUCAUCUAUAUUAACUUCAUUUCCUGGUCUACUAAUAACCAGAAAUAUUCCUCUAUGUCAACAGCUUUAUACUACAAACUUGGCUUCUGCUCUGUGUAUGCUUGCGCAAUGUCGCCAAAAUACUCGAGAAGAAUUCGUUAUUAAUCCAUCCAAUUCAUCAUCAACCAAGGUACCACCAGUGUUGAUGGCGAUCCGUGAAAGUGUUACCAAGUCUAUCGAUACUCAACAGACUUCAAACGCCAUCGUUCAACUACCAACAACGAUUACACAAUCGACGACUCCACCAACACUCACAAGAAUGAAAUCAAUUGUCUGUCCAUAUUCUGAAGAAAUACUAGCAAAUAUGGAAGCAUUCGUAGUAAAUUAUAUCAAACAUAUUAAACAACCAUCGAAUGGUUUUUCUGAAGCUGAUACAAUUCAUUAUAUUGUCGAUACUACACUAAAUACUACUUUGUCACAAAUCACUCAAUGGUACGCUACAUUCACAACGUUCAAUGUUCUUGUUCAUUAUCGAUCGAAUUCAAAUAAUUCUCAACAUAUCCAAGCUGGUCACGAUAUUGUUCAACAUGGUCUCCAUUUAUUACGUAAUCUUGUUGUAGUUCGAAAAAUCCUCGAACCCAAUUUUGCAAAUGUUGGUGUUCAAUUUCUUAUCAAAGAAUUAACACAACUUGAAAAGUGCUUACUAUCGUUAUCUCUCGAAAAAUAUCCAGUUAUUCGCAAUACUCUUCGUCAAUUGAAUCUCGACAUAAGUCGAAUUAAAGUCGAUUUUAAUUUGCCUUCCCAAUCUGUGGCUCCUAAAGGUAAAUCAUCAAAAAAGACAAGACUUGAUAUUCUUCCACAAAUCAAUUCACCACCAGAAUCUAUUGAACAAAAUAGUGCAUUGAUGCCAUUGACCAACAAUAAUGAACAUAAUGAUCCAUCAAUGUCAUUCGACGAUUGGCAAAAUGCAAUGACAGCAAGCAAUGAUCAGCAAAUUGCAGAUGCUCUGAAAUUAGCCAAAAAGACUCAACAGAUGAAACCGAAAAAGACGAAUAUAUCAAGUGGCAAUACGAAUCUUCAAACAAGCAUAUCGAACUUAGCUAAUAAUAUGUUACAACAAAAUACAGGUAAAAUGAACGCAAUAUCAACUAGUGGCGGAACAAUGUCGACCGAUAUGUUACCAUCUGAUAUGGAUUCAUCGCCUAUGCACGAGAUCAAUAUUGAUUUACAAAUGAAAGCUAUGCAAGAACAUUUACAAAAACAACCGAAUCUAGUUGAUAUGUAUGAAAAAGCAGGUUCUAAAGUAGCUUCGGCUGUUCCUGAAGGAAAGCUAGAUAAUCGUGCAGCUCUCCGACCAAGUGAGAAACAUGAACGAUGGACGUAUGAAUUGUUAGUUGAGGCACCAUCUAUUGCUCGAAUGAUAGAUCUUAUCGUACAAGGAUUUCGAUCACACUGGGAAAAAUUAAUGACUAAUUUGAAUAUACUUGAUCAACAUCAAAUACAUUGGUGUAUUAUUAUUGAUAAUUCGGGUUCUAUGAGUAUUCAUAGAAAUGCUAUUUACGAAGCUCUUGUUGUUAUUAUGGAGUUAUUACGUAAGUUAGAAAGUAAAUUUGCCGUUGCACGUUUUGGCACACGAACAAAUCAAAAAAUAUUGAAAAACUUUGAUGAUCUAUAUACAAACCAAGAUGGACAGUAUGUUCUUGAAGCAUUAACAUUUGACGAAGGAACUUAUCCUGCUACAGGUUUAUUACGUAUUAUCGAUCGAGUAUUUCCUAUUGAUAAAUCGGGAAAACCACCAAAUAAUCUGGUACAUCGUCUUGUUCUUAUGAUUACUGAUGGUCUAACACAAGAACGUGAUGAUAAAAGUUAUUCUCAAACGAUCAAUACUUAUAAAAUCGAUCUUGGUUUUAUGUUUAUUGAAACAGCAGAUCAGAAUAGUAGUCAAGUAUUACUCAAAGGUUUAAAACAAGCACAAAGUUGUGUACUUAAAGCGAAUAAUAUUGGUGAACUAUCAUCUACAGUUCCUCAACUUAUGCAUGAGAUGAUUAAAGCUUGUUUGAAACCAUCAUCAUCUACAACAACACAAACAACGUUAUCGCCAACCAUUAACAUUAAAAUACCUGAUAAGAAAGAUGUUUCAUUUAUUUCAGAGACACACAGUGGCAAGCAAAUAUAUACAGCAGCAAAUCCAGCAUCAUACACAAUUAGUAGUCCAACAGCGAGUAUUCCAAACUUAUCUCAGAUUCGUUCGGAAUUAUUGAGUUAUUUAUCUCGAUCAAAUGAAUAUACUGAUUAUGCGACGCAUGCAGUCGAUCAAUUACGUCAAUACUAUCAUUCGUUGAAAACAACAUUGACAAUACAAGAAAUCGAAAAGAAAUGGAUUGCUGAUGAAUACCGUUUUUCUGGUUUAAUCGAUGAUCUAUCUACCGUAUUUGGUGAUCUUGUUUUUCCACUGAAUAAAUUUACACGUCGUCGCGCAGCUCUUCGCGGAUCAUCACUAUAUCUUCCUGGUCUUAUUAAAGCAAUGACCACUGAAUGGAGUUACAAAAAAAUUUUUAGUGCUAAGUUAGCUGGAGGAAAACGCGAACAUAUGAUGUGUCUUGUAGUUGAUGUUUCAACGUCUAUGUUUGGUACUCUGAGUAUUGGAUUGAUGGAUGCUAUUGUUGUACUUAUUGCUGCUUUACGUAAAAUCAAUCUAGAUAACUUUGGUAUUAUUGUUUUUGGUCGCUCGGUUCGAUUAAUAAAGACAAAUGAGCAAGGAUGGGAUGCAGCAUGUAUUUAUGCACUUAUACAGGAAUUACGUUUCGAUCAAGAUGAUGAUACGAAAGAUGCAGAUGCUCUUGAAGCUGCUAUCGAUCUACUAGCUCAAUGUUCAGUACGAGGAGAAAAAAAGAUUUUUAUUCUAACAGAUGGUUAUAGUAAUUGUGGAAGCCGGUUAUCUAUGGUACAACAACGUGCCGAAGAUCAUGGCAUUGAUAUUAUUGCAAUGGCUGUUGGUAUUGAUCAAACUAAUUUUAAAUCAGUCUAUAAACGAUAUUUACAAUGUGCAACACCUUAUGGAUUACCGAAAGCUUUGCGAUCUCUAUUUGAACAAGAUACACAAUUGUUCUCAUUAGAAUGGCCACCAAAUAUAAAUACAACAGAGAAUAAUACUACGAAUAUUAAUAUAUCGACUGAUAAUCUAUUCGAUGAUAUCAAAUCUAAGAAAGUCUUUAGUGAAAUGAUUCAAGAAUUGGCUGGUCAACGUGAACUCAUGUUAGUAAAUAGUGGUCAACCACCGUCGAAUAUGACUGUUGAUAUAUGUUUUUGUCUCGAUUGUACUGGUAGUAUGUCUCGUUGGUUAAUGGCAGCUAAAGAACAGAUGAGAAUCAUCAUCGAAGGUAUAACUAAGCUGAUUGAAAAAGAAUAUCCAUCUUUGAAAUUAAAAUUACGUUUUGCUAUUGUUGGUUAUCGCGAUAAGAAUGAUCGACCACAAUUUUUUACGCAAGAUUUUACCGAUAAUAUUUCCACGGUUAUUACGUUUUUGAAUUCAUUAAAAGCAGGAGGUGGUGAUGAUCUACCAGAAGAUGUACUUAGUGCAUUGGAUCAAUGUUUAACGUUAAAAAACUGGAGUAAUACCAAUGCACGUUUCAUUGUGCUUAUUACUGACGCACCUGGUCACGGACCAGAAUUAAAUGAUAAUCUUGCUAUUGAUAAAUAUCCUCAAGGAGUAGAAACACAUACUGUGAAAAAUAUCUGUGAACGUCUAUUGAAGAAAGAUGCUGAGAUCGACUUAAUGUUUUGUUGUAUUAAACCAAACGCAACAGCUAAAAUGCAACGAGCUUUUGCGGCCUACUAUGAUGCUAAGAAAGAUGAGACAGGCAAAGCAUUUACUACUAUAAAAUUAUUUGACGAUAAGCAACAAGAAACUCGAUCAUUUCAUUUCGUCUUUGUUCUCGAUGAAUCAGGUUCAAUGCGUGAUGAAUGGCACGCAUUACAAAAUGCAUAUCAAACGUUUUUAACACGACGGAAUGAUGACCAAGGUGGAGAUGACCAUUUUACUGCUGUACAAUUUAAUGAUAGCGCACGCACUAUCUAUCAACAACAAAGACUUAGUAACACGCCUCGUACUCUAACAAUGAAGGAAGGUGGAACGAAUUACUGUGCUGGUUUAAAUCAAGCAAGAAGCGCAAUCACAGCUGAUACAACAGCGUCAUCGGUUGUAAUGAUUUUCAUGUCAGACGGUGGUGAUUGUAGUAGCGGUGAUCCUACAGGACUCCUACGUCAACUGAAACAGCAAUUUGGAACUUAUCACAAUUUUGUCUGUCAUACAGUUGGUUUCGGCUCUGGUAUCGCUAAAGGAAGUCCAGAAGAACAAUUACUUAAAAACAUGGCAUCAGUAGGUGGUGGUCGAGCUUAUUCUGCAUCGACAGGUGCUGAUCUUCAAACGGUAUUUAGUAACAUCGCUGCAAACAGUACAACAAGUGAUGCAUUGGUUGAACGUUUUUCGGAAAUUCUUGCUCGUGAGAUAAGUGUCAAGAUUAUGGUUGAUUAUUUGUGA